AUGUCCAGCAAGGUCAGGAAGUGCAAGGAGCAAGCGAGGGUGACCUUCCCCGCGCCGGAGGAGGAGGAGGAGGAGCAGGAGGGUGAGGACGAAGGCGCGGAGCCGCAGCGCCGCCGGCGGGGCUGGAGGGGCGUCAACGGGGGGCUCGAGCCGCGCUCGGCGCCCCCGCAGCGGGGACCGCGCGCCUACUGCCCGCCGCCCUUCUCCCCGGGGCCCGACAUGUCAAUGGAGGAGAGCCCGUCACUGAGGCGCAAGACGGCGAUGCGGGAGAAGGGCCGGCGCCAAGCCGUCCGGGGACCGGCCUUCAUGUUCAACGACCGGGGUACCAGCCUCACUGCAGAGGAGGAGCGCUUCCUCGACGCGGCCGAGUAUGGCAACAUCCCCGUGGUGCGCAAGAUGCUGGAGGAGUCCAAGACGCUGAACGUCAACUGCGUGGACUACAUGGGCCAGAACGCGCUGCAGCUGGCCGUGGGCAAUGAGCACCUGGAGGUGACCGAGCUGCUGCUCAAGAAGGAGAACUUGGCACGCAUCGGCGACGCCCUGCUGCUCGCAAUCAGCAAGGGCUACGUGCGCAUCGUGGAGGCCAUCCUCAACCACCCCGGGUUCGCGGCCAGCAAGCGCCUAACCCUGAGCCCCUGCGAGCAGGAGCUGCAGGACGACGACUUUUACGCCUACGACGAGGACGGCACACGCUUCUCCCCGGACAUCACCCCCAUCAUCCUGGCGGCGCACUGCCAGAAGUACGAGGUGGUGCAUAUGCUGCUGAUGAAGGGCGCCAGGAUCGAGCGGCCGCACGACUAUUUCUGCAAGUGCGGGGACUGCACGGAGAAGCAGAGGCACGACUCUUUCAGCCACUCGCGCUCACGGAUCAAUGCCUACAAGGGGCUGGCCAGCCCAGCUUAUCUGUCCCUGUCUAGCGAGGACCCUGUGCUCACUGCCCUGGAGCUCAGCAACGAGCUGGCCAAGCUGGCCAACAUAGAGAAGGAGUUCAAGAAUGACUAUCGGAAGCUCUCUAUGCAAUGCAAAGACUUCGUGGUGGGGGUGCUGGAUCUUUGCAGAGACUCAGAAGAGGUAGAAGCCAUUCUGAAUGGAGACCUGGAAUCGGCAGAUCCUCUGGAGAUGCAUCGGCACAAAGCUUCACUGAGUCGGGUCAAACUUGCCAUUAAGUAUGAAGUCAAAAAGUUCGUGGCUCACCCCAAUUGCCAGCAGCAGCUGUUGACGAUCUGGUACGAGAACCUCUCGGGCCUGCGGGAACAGACGGUAGCUAUCAAGUGUCUGGUGGUGCUGGUCGUGGCCUUGGGCCUUCCGUUUCUUGCCGUCGGCUACUGGAUCGCCCCUUGCAGCAGGCUGGGGAAAAUUCUGCGAAGUCCUUUUAUGAAGUUUGUAGCACAUGCUGCUUCUUUCAUCAUCUUCCUGGGCCUGCUUGUUUUCAAUGCUUCAGACAGAUUUGAAGGAAUCACCACAUUGCCAAACAUCACUGUUAUCGACUAUCCCAAACAGAUCUUCAGGGUGAAAACCACACAGUUCACUUGGACUGAAAUGCUCAUUAUGGUCUGGGUUCUUGGAAUGAUGUGGUCUGAGUGCAAGGAGCUCUGGCUGGAAGGACCCAGGGAGUACAUUUUGCAGUUGUGGAAUGUCCUAGACUUUGGCAUGCUCUCCAUCUUCAUCGCUGCUUUCACGGCCAGAUUCCUGGCUUUCCUUCAGGCGACAAAAGCACAACAGUAUGUGGACAGUUAUGUUCAAGAGAGCGACCUCAGUGAAGUUACACUCCCACCAGAGAUACAGUAUUUCACUUACGCCAGAGAUAAAUGGCUCCCUUCUGACCCUCAGAUCAUAUCGGAAGGCCUCUAUGCCAUAGCUGUUGUGCUCAGCUUUUCUCGAAUCGCCUAUAUCCUCCCGGCGAAUGAGAGCUUCGGCCCCUUGCAGAUCUCCCUGGGAAGGACUGUGAAGGACAUAUUCAAAUUCAUGGUCCUUUUUAUUAUGGUGUUUCUUGCCUUUAUGAUUGGCAUGUUCAUACUGUAUUCUUAUUACCUUGGGGCUAAAGUCAAUGCUGCUUUUACCACUGUAGAAGAAAGUUUCAAGACUUUGUUUUGGUCAAUAUUUGGACUGUCUGAAGUCACUUCUGUCGUGCUCAAGUAUGAUCACAAAUUCAUAGAGAAUAUAGGAUAUGUUCUAUAUGGAAUAUAUAAUGUAACUAUGGUCGUUGUUUUGCUCAACAUGCUCAUUGCUAUGAUUAAUAGCUCGUAUCAAGAGAUUGAGGAUGACAGUGAUGUAGAAUGGAAGUUUGCUCGCUCGAAACUUUGGUUAUCUUACUUUGAUGAUGGGAAAACAUUACCUCCACCCUUCAGUCUAGUUCCUAGUCCAAAGUCAUUUGUUUAUUUCAUCAUGCGGAUCAUUAACUUUUCCAAAUGCAGAAGGCGAAGACUACAGAAGGAUAUAGAAAUGGGAAUUGGUAACUCCAAGUCCAGGUUUACAAAGUGCUUUGCUGUACGUUUGAACCUCAUGCAACGCUGUAAGUUAAACCUCUUCACUCAGUCUAACUCAAGAGUUUUUGAAUCACACAGUUUUAACAGCAUUCUCAAUCAGCCAACACGUUAUCAGCAAAUAAUGAAAAGACUUAUAAAGCGAUAUGUUUUGAAAGCACAAGUAGACAAAGAAAAUGAUGAAGUUAAUGAAGGUGAAUUAAAGGAAAUCAAGCAAGAUAUCUCCAGCCUUCGUUAUGAACUUUUGGAGGACAAGAGCCAAGCAACUGAGGAAUUAGCCAUUCUAAUUCAUAAGCUCAGUGAGAAACUGAGCCCCAGCAUGCUGAGAUGUGAAUGAGUCAGUAACCUGGAAUUACGGCUUUGACUAUAGCACAACUGUGGGCAAUAACAUUUCUUAGUACGAAAUACUUGAAAAACUAUGGUGUAAAUUUUUAGUAUUAACUACCUUUAUCAUGUGAAUCUUUAAAAGUUAGGUCUUAAUGAUUUUACUGUUUUAUCACACGAAAAUGGUCUUCAUUUUAAUUGUUUGCCUUGACAUUACGAACAAUGAUAUGCCCUUGUAUUUAAAGGCCCCAAAUUAACUACAUUACUGACAUUUUUUGUCCGUUUUAGAAUAAACUCUGUCUUUGCACUA